ACAAAAAUUCUUGCCGCCCAAUCAGAGUCCUCCAUGUGAACUUCAAACCUUUACCGUCUCCGAAGGCGUGAAAUCGAAACGUCGGUGCUUCUUCUCCCUCCACAGCUCAUGAUAUCCUGAUUUCAAAAUUCCACCCUCCUAUCUUUCUUGCGGUUUCGAAUUUUUUCUUCACAUUCUGGUUAUCUCGUUCGUCAUUUCAUAUUCCUUGUCGAUUCUUAUUUCUUUCCCUACAAGUGCUGCUUGGAGGGGUUUAAAGUCUAAAUAACCGAAGGUUUGGAGUAUAUGAUAGGAUGCAACGAUUGGUUGACAAUAUCCUUGCUGUCACUAAAGAGGUUCUUCGCUGCGUGAUUUUUCCUUUUGAUGGUUUCUGUGUGGCUGCACGUGAUCAAUAUAUAUUGCUGUCAGUGAAAACAUUUACCUAUGAGUCCUUGAACAAUAUUGUGAGACUGAUCAAUGGAGUAUCAGCACUUUUAUUGGCAUUUUUACCUGGAAAGGCUACUAUCCUUGAAGGUAUUCAUGGUUGGGAGCUCAGGCCAACUUUCCGAGGACCCCGAUUUCCACGUUGGAUGGAAAAUGGUGUGUCCUCUUUUAACCAGUUCAUUCAUGAACUUUCUAUGGAUUCCGAUACUUCAAACUUGGAACACUCAUCUGGAGAAGGUGAUGGUGCUCAAUAUGAACAUACUGCAACUCCAUUAUCCCAAAGCUCGAGAGCCACUGGUGCCAAUUUUACCAAGCACAAUAAGCAGCGUAUGACUUGGAUACAGUAUAUCCUAUUUUGGGUUUUCUUCCCUCUCAAGGUUUUGUGGAGGAUUCUUCUCUUUUGGAUCCGCUGUGUCAUAUUUUGGGUUUGCUUUCCUGUCAAGAUUUUGCUGCAGAUUCCAUUUCAUCUUUUCUGGUUCUUUCUUUCUACGGUGUCAAAAGCCCUGUCUAUAUCUGGAAGCCGGCGCCCUUCACGUUCAUAUUCAAAUAAGAGCAUGCAAAGCCUCAAGGACUACAUUAUUCAUCGCACUACUGAUCGGAGACGUGGAGUCAUCGAGGAUCUUCAUUUAGCCAUAGAAAUAUUUAUAGAAGGUGUAUUCGAUGUUGUUCACAAAGCAGUGCAUCUUCUUCUUUCCCCAUCAGAAACUUUUAGGACAUUAUUCAGGUUGUUUUCAUCUCAUGAAAGUGAUGCGAACGAUGAUCAAGAUAGCCUUGUGGAUGCCUCUGUUUCUACAUCUACACAAGUGGAGAACGACCCAGAACCCACAGUGAGGAAUACUAGCUUCCAUCAUUCUCUGAAUACAGAUGCUCGGACAUGUCAGGAUGUCAUAACGGAGCUUGGGUACCCAUAUGAAGCCAUUCAUGUAAUCACUUCCGAUGGAUAUGUUCUCCUUUUGGAAAGGAUACCCAGACGAGAUGCAAGGAAAGCUGUUUAUCUUCAGCAUGGGAUUUUGGAUUCAUCAAUGGGUUGGAUAUCUAAUGGGGUCGUUGGCUCUCCAGCUUUUGCAGCAUAUGAUCAAGGGUAUGAUGUAUUUCUGGGGAACUUUCGCGGUUUGGUGUCUCGGGAACAUGUUAACAAGAACAUCUCCUCAUAUCAAUACUGGCGAUACUCCAUCAAUGAACAUGGGACUAAGGAUAUUCCUGCGAUGGUAGAGAAAAUUCAUCAAGUAAAAACUGCUGAAUUGAGUCUAAGUCAACCUGAUAUUGAGGAAGAAUCUAAUGGUAAUCAGCCUUACAAGCUUUGUGCAAUCUGCCAUAGUUUAGGAGGAGCUGCUACUAUAAUGUAUAUUAUUACACGUAGGAUUGAAGAGAAGCCUCAUAGACUUUCAAGACUGGUUUUGUUGUCACCUGCCGGAUUUCAUGAUGAUUCCAACCUAGUUUUCUCUGUGUUGGAGCAUCUAUUUUUUCUGGCGGCUCCAAUUUUGUCUCAUGUUCUGCCUGCUUUCUAUAUACCAACCAGAUUUUUCCGCAUGCUUUUAAACAAGUUAGCUCGAGAUCUGCAUAACCUACCUGCAGUUGGAGGAUUGGUUCAAACUUUGAUGAGUUAUUUUGUUGGAGGAGACAGCUCAAACUGGGUUGGGGUUUUAGGAUUACCUCACUACAAUAUGAAUGAUAUGCCAGGAGUAUCUUUCCGUGUUGCUCUCCAUCUUGCACAGAUGAAGCACACUGGAAGAUUUAGAAUGUUUGAUCAUGGGAGCGCGUCUGCUAAUAUGGAGGCAUAUGGUUCGCCGGAACCUUUGGAUUUGGGUGAAUGCUAUAAGCUUGUUGAUAUUCCUGUUGAUCUGGUUGCUGGACAGAAAGACAGAGUGAUAAGACCUUCAAUGGUUAAAAGGCACCAUCUAUUAAUGAAUGAUGCUGGUGUGGAUGUUUCAUAUAAUGAGUUUGAAUAUGCCCAUUUGGACUUUACCUUCUCUCACCAUGAAGAACUCUUGUCAUAUGUUAUGUCACGCUUGCUGCGUGUGAAGUCUAAUCCAAAGAAAGAGAAGAAGACGGAGUAGUAGUUACUGAGUGAAAUAAGCGAAAACCUGUAUAUUUUCAUAUCCCACUGAAGCAGUUGAAAGUCAUUGUCUUGCAGAAUUACAUGGAGUUAUGGACUUGCUGAAAUCACAGAGGAGCCUUGUAUUGUACAUGUGUUCAUCUUUUCCUUAAUAUUUUUUCCCUCGUCCCUUUGUAGGAAAAGUAGACCUUGAAGAAAAUAUGACUUCAUUUUACAUUGUAAAUAUUAAAAAAGAAACAGGCGCGAGGAGCUAGAUUGUAGUUGUAUUUGCAUGUUAGUUCA